AUGCCCAACGAAAUCAAAGAUAUCACCACUCGCGACGAGACAUUCGCCUACAUCGUCGAACAGAAUGUCUCCAUCACCCUCAAAGAUGAAUCAGGCAUCGUUCGCGCGAACGUCUACCGACCUAAAGCCUCCGAGCCUGUUCCUGUCAUAGUCACCUAUGGCCCAUACGGCAAAGACAUCCCAUACAAAGAUUUCCACCCUCAAAGCUUCAGCGAAGUCAACCCGGAACAAAAAUCCGAACACUCCGCCUGGGAGACCCCCGAACCAAGCUACUGGACUAGCAAGGGCUAUGCUGUUGUUCGUGCUGAUGAGCGUGGAACCGGUCAAUCAGUCGGAAAGCUCGAUACCAUGUCCCGUGGAACUAGCGAGGCGUUCUUCGACGUUGUUGAAUGGGCUGCUGAGCAGGCUUGGUCCAAUGGGAAGGUCGGUCUUCUGGGUAUUUCCUACUUCGCUGGUAGUCAAUGGCGUGUCGCAGCGCGUCAGCCUAAGGGUCUGGCGUGUAUCAUCCCCUGGGAAGGAAUGUCGGAUUACUACCGUGACCGAUGCAGACAUGGCGGUAUCUUGUCGAACAAGUUUAUUAAGUUCUGGUGGGAUCGCCAGGUCGUCAGUAACCAGUACGGACUUGGUGGUCGUGCGGCGCGGAACUGGGGUCCUGAUACCAUUGAGGGAGAUCUGGAUGAGGAGGAGCUUGUGAAGAAUCGCCAGGAUCAAAAUAUCGAUAAUAUGGAGAAUCAUUUCCGGGACGAUCUUUACUAUGCCUCUAAGGAGUAUAGCAUGUCUGAUAUCCAGGUUCCCUUGCUGUCUGUUGCCAACUGGGGUGGUAUUCUACUGCACCUCCGGGGAAACGUGGAGGGAUUUACUCAUGCUGGCUCCGAGCUGAAGUACCUGCGCUUUGUUACUGGUCGUCAUGAUCUCCCAUUCUACUACAAGGAAGAAGUCGAGCUCCAACGCAGCUUCCUCGACGCAUUCUUGAAGGGUGAUGACCGUGCCGGCUGGUCCACUGGUAAAGCGCCUAAGGUUGAUAUUGUGCUCCGCAAAGGUGACGUGGGCUUCAACAACGCGGAAGCCGAGAAGAAAUACGAGCGUCGCAUCGAGCACGAAUGGCCUAUUGCUCGUACCCAGUACACAAAGUACUACCUCACCUCGAAACACGAGCUCCUCACUCACGCUCCUACAGAGCGUCCCGUCAAGAUCUCCUACCAGGCACUUGGAAACUUGGAUAACCCUCAACUCGUUCAAUUCACCACACCGGCCUUUGAGAAGGAGACCGAGAUCACAGGCCACAUUGUGGCACACCUAAACGUUUCAGUCAGCGCUAAUCCCGGUGCACCAACACCCCAAGACCUGGACCUCUUCGUCACAUUGAGACACAUCUCCCCUGAAGGAAAGGAAGUGUCUUAUACCGGUACAGCGGGAGAUCCCGUCCCGCUAUGCAAGGGUUGGUUGCGUGUGAGCAUGCGCCAGGUGAACAAGGAACACCCCAAGAACAGAGCCUAUUUGCCUCAUCGGGAUUACUACUCCACCGAUAAGCGACCCGUUAUUCCGGGCGAGAUCUACCCUGUCGAUGUUGAGAUCUGGCCUACAAAUGUCGUCGUGGAGAAGGGUGGUAAGAUUGUGUUGGAGAUUUCGAGUGGUGAUACUCAAGGAAGUGGAAUGUUCCAGCAUAAUUCCCCUGUUGAUCGAUCUGAGGAGCGCUUUCAGGGUCAGAAUCAUAUUCAUUUUGGACUGGGAGAGAAUUAUGUUACCUUGCCUAUUAUUCCUUAG